AUGCCGAUUCCCCUCGUGGACUUGCCUCGCCUCACACGAUCGCUAACCGCCUCCGCUCUCGGCCGCGCUUUAGCCCCACAUUUCAUUUCCUUCAGCCACCGCCCGGGCCUCUGCUGCCGCCCCCGACGCUCGCUGUCGCGAGGGGAGCCACCAUCGCGCGAUCGUCGCUCGUCGCUCGCCCCAUCACGGCCUCGCCUUUCCUCACAUAUUCCGCUGCUCCUGAUGCCGCCGUCACCGCCGGCGUGCGAAGAUCUAUUCGGGCCCGACAACGACGAGUACGCGCGCACGACGCCCUUCAGCGCCAUCACACCCGCGGAAAUCCCCUCCCCUCCUCCUCCCGAUUAUUCCGCGCAUGAACGCGGAAACCAGGGGGGAGCAUACGGGAGUGCAGGCGGGGGCUUCGGCAGGCGGGGGAGAGGCGGGCGCGGGCGGUGGGGCAGAGGCGGAAGCGAGUGGGAGGAUCGCGGGCAGGGGUAUGGCGGGAGGGGGCGGCACUGGGCCGGCGGAGGGGACUACGGGGGAAGAGGUGGCGGACAUGGGGGAGGCGGGCGGUGGGGAGGCGGCGGAGGGGGGAGAGGCUGGGGAGACGACUUCGGGCGGGGGGCUGGCCUGGGCGGACCUAGAGGGGGGGGACAUGGGGGAGGGCGGGGGGGCGGAAGGUUCGGGAGGGGAAUGGGGGCAAUGGGGGGCGCGCACAUGGGGGGGGCGCGGCAGCACGUGGGGCCGGCGUUCCAGGUGGUGCCGUGCAGCCUGCCCCACGUGGUGUCGGUGGCCGUGCUGGGCGCGUGUGGGCACCACGACGCGGCGCUCAAGGCGGCGAAGCUGCCGACGCUGCAGAAGCCCACGGCGCUGUGGGGCUUCAGCCGCCUGGCGGACGGCUCCGUGUGGAGCGACGAGCGCUGCUUGCGCCGCCUGCGCCCCGCCAUUCUCGGCAAGGAGGGGCCGGGCGGGUGGGGGGCGGUGGACCUGAACGAGGGGUUCGAGGGGUUUGUGGAGAAGCGGGAUGGUGGAGAGGCGCACGAGGGAGGCGGCGGAAAGGGGGAGGAGGGCGACGCGGGUGGUGAUGGGGCUGGCAGUGGCAGUGGCAGUGGCAGUGGCGGUGGCGGAGGUGGUGGUGGUGAGGGCGAGAGUGGGUUUGCGGAUGUGCUGGUGGGCAUGCGGUGGGUGCUGAAGAAGCAGGUGGCAGCGCUGCAGCCCGGCAUGGCGCCGGACCGGCUGCACUUCGUGACGUUCCGCAACAACCUCAACAAGCUCAUGGGCGUGUGCUACAACCGCCACGACGCGUGGCAGAUGGGCGUGCACAAGCGCCUGGGGUCCGUGUACCUGCACGUGCACAGGCCGCCGGGCGAGCAGCAGCACAAGUCGGAGCAGCAGCGCCGCUUUGAGUUCUACGGGUACGCGUUCGAGCACGCUGCGACGGAGCCAAGGAAAACUGGCCUGGGGGAAGGUGGAGGGGAGGAGAGCACAGUGAUAGACGCUAACGAGGAGUUCUGCGCGGUGAUGAAGACGAAGCUGGGAGCGCAUCGCGUGCUGAUGGGGGCGGAGAUGGACUGCUACGAGUGGGUGAACGUGCCACAGCCCAACAACGCGGCGCCCAGGCCCGAGAGGAUCUUCGUGGAGCUCAAGACCAGCCUGCUGCCGGAGAGCGAGGGGCAGCGCGAGCGGUUUGAGCGCGACAAGCUGCUGCGGUGGUGGAUCCAGUCGUUCGUGGGCGGCGUGGGCGCCAUCGUGGUGGGCUUCCGGGACACGCGGGGGCGCCUGGUGAAGGUGGAGCGGUGGAGCCUGGGGGAGGUCACGAGGCGCGUGAAGGGCAAGGACUACUGGGAAGCGGGGUCGGUGCUGACGUUCACGGACCAGGUGCUGACAUGGCUGUACGGCAGCGCCCAGGAGGGCGGCGACUAUGUGCUGCGGUUCGUGCCGGGGCAGAGCCGGCUGGAACUGGCUGCUGCUGAUGGCUGCCCCGCGUUCAUUGAGAAGCACUGCCAGGAGCUGGCCGCCAUGGGCAUCACUUAA